GUGAAUUCGUCGGAAUUGGAUUAUUUAUUGGAUUGGAAUUAACUUAGUUGGUUACGACAUACGAGACUAAUGACCAAAUUACAACUAAGAGCUCAGUAUUUGUGAAGGAGAUUUUGUAAUAUUAGGCUAAGUGUUUAAAUAUGAAAAGAAGAGGAAGCAGCCGUCGUCAAGUGCUGGAUCUGGACACUAAUAGUUCCAGUUCACCGAAAAGGUCAUGGCAAACCAAGUAUCAGCAGAUAUACCAAGACCAUUUGAAUGCCACUGCCGCUUCUGCUACUAAAGUCCCAUCAGAAGCCCAGAACGGGUCUGAAGCAGAGAGCAGGUUGCCGCAACUGGUGGGCUACACGUCGGACAGCGAAGGAGACGAGCCCUCCAAACCAGCCGAUCUUGACUCCAAAGUCCAAGAUUUUCUAAAGGAAAUAUCAGACAUAGUACCUGCUGCAACUACCAAUCCAGAAGCCAGCAUUGAUGAAGAGAGUUCAAGGGAUUCGCCCAAGUCCAAGACAAAAUACAAGAAAGUCGUUGGACUCUCUAUGCCAGUUGGGGACGUAUCUCAACCAACAGAUGUGAUUGGGAACCAACAACCUACUAUUGCGUGGCAAGAGUGUUAUGAUGAGAACAGCGGCUGUUAUUACUUCUGGAACACUGAAACUAACGAGGUGACGUGGGAGAUGCCUGAAGCUCUACGAUUGUAUCAUGUGGCGUUGGAGCAAUGGAACAUACAACAACAACUAUUGCUGACUCAGCAAGCUGCAGGGGUUAUGACAGGAGUUGCAACACAACCUUCCAACAAGCAACCACAGAAGAAAGCAGGCUCGAACAAACCAACCGAAAAGUCCAAGAACAAGAGGACUAAACCGACAGGGAGUGACUCGGAGGAAGAGAAAAUAGAACUAAUCACUUCUUAUGGGCCAAAUUCUGAUGACGAUUCUGAUAGUGAUGCUUCCAAUCAUUCUUCACAUCAUUCUUCGAAGAAAAAGAAGGUGGACAGUUUAAAGCCAUCGAAGAAAGAGAAGAAGAAGGAUAAAGAUGUUUCAAUCGGUCCCCAACUACCUCCAGGUUAUGUUGUACCAGUAGAAGUAAAAGAAUCAAAACCUGUUGAGGUUAAAACUCAAACUGCAGAUCUUCCAAAGAUAACUGUAGUACCUGCAGAAACUGAAAAAUUAAAGAAAAAGAAGCAAGUAGUUGUGGUAGAAGGAAAGGUUAAAUCUGUUUCUGAUAAAAAGAGUUUGAAAGAUAACGUGGAAAAUGUAAAACCUGCUCAAGAAAUUGUCAACAAAGUAAAGACUUUAAGGAGGUUAAAGAAGCUGAAGGAUAAAUCGUCAGAUGAUAGUAGCUCUGAAGACAGUAGUUCAUCAGACGAUUCUAUAAAGAGUAAAACAGAAACAACAGACAAAAACCAAGAUAAUGAAGAGGAAGAAGAUGACGAUAAUGAUGAAGAUGAUGGUGUUGAAGAUUCUAUAUUAGAAAGACUGAAGAAUCAGGCAAAAAUAUUGAAAGAAUUGGGAGGAGAAAUCCCGGAAGAAAUUAAAGAGUUGUUGGAAACUAAUUCUGAUAUUCAACAGGAUCAAGAGGCAACAAUUACAAAAGAAAGCGAAGAAGAUCUUACAGAUAAAGAACAAAUACCAAGCAAAGAGAUUAUUUCUGAAGGAAUAUGGCCUGAGAAGGAGGAAUCGAAAACAGAUGAAUAUUUUGAUAAAAUAUCUACUACAGAUAGUUUUCUCAGCAAUGUUAUGAAAGUUGAACCAUCAGAUGUUGAAACAAUAUUUAACGAAGAAAGCAACUCACAAAGUGAAACCCCAGCUGAUGUUGCAGAAAUAAAGAAGAAACCUCCGGAAAAAGCACCUACUUCUUUUUCGUUGAUUGCUGGCUAUGGGAACGAAGAAGAGUCGGAACCUGAAGAAGACAAGGAAGAAGGUAAUACAAAAGUGAACGGGAAACCGGCUCCGUUGUUUCCCAUUGCAGCAGCUCUAGAAGAGAGUGAUAAGGUGGAAACGGAAACUAAGGUAGAAAAGCCAUCGGUUAAAAGUGCAAACAUGAAAAUGAUCAAGCUGUCUGCAAAAGCUAAGGAACUGAUACAUUCAAGCACCACCACAGGAAAAGCAAGGGCAACCGAGUUUGUGGCUACUGCUGAAGGACUGAAACCUUCUUCGCUAGUUAAAGCUGACGAAGUUCUCAGUGACAAUUCUACAGGAUUCCCUGAACCUGUGAAGAAGACUUCUCGCAAGAAGAGGCUUGAAGUACCUGUUUUUAGAAAGCAAGAGAUAUUACCUGUGAAAGUCGAAACCUUGAGUAAAGAAGAACCUGUAGAAACAAAACAAGAAGUUGCCAAACUCAUGCAAAAUGAUUCUAACGAUCCUGAAGAAAAAGAAACUGUGAAACCAAAAUCAACUGCGUACACGACCACAUGGGCCUACAACAGAGAGUUGAAGGAAGGACAACACACAGGUUUUGGUUAUGGCCAUGACUUCGAAUCCGACCCAAAACAAAAGAGUGGCAAAAAGGGGAUGAUCCAGUUUGUAAAAGCUGAUACUUUGAUGCCUAAGACUGAAGCUGUUGUAAAUAUACCAAAUAAAAAACUUGCAGUUGAAGAAGUUAAUGAGGAAAAAGAGAUGUCCAGCGCAGAGAAGGAGAAAACCAAGAACUUGGCACAACUGUUGUCGGAGAAAGUAAAGUUUCUCUGCGAAGGCAAAGAAGUGGUACCCCCAGUGCAGGUUAUGGCAAUCCAACUAGAGACCCUGAUGGUGGCACACAGUGGUGGAGGUCUGAGUGUCCAAUACCUGCGACAGUGGCUGACAUCACUGGACGACCAGCUAGCCUCACUAGAGCUGGUCGCGGCCCCUGAGGGCUGGCUGUGUCAAUGGGAUAGGUCGUUCAAGCGAUAUUUCUAUCGGAACAAAGCAACGGGCAGCAUCCAAUGGGAGUACCCGGAGGUUGGCGCUGCUGAGCCCCCGCCAGGACCUGCACAAGGUGGAGAAGAAGCUAUGGAGUUGUGUGACUCGCCCCAGCCACAAUCGCCAGUCACGCCUCCGCCGCCACGUAUCUCGUCUCGCUCGCCUUCGCCACCUGUAUUGCCUGAUGAGCCAGCGCCGCCUCUACCGCCUUUGCCACCACCCCCGCCGUUGAUCAGUGAGCCUCCUCCACUACCACCUCUGCCCCCAUCACCCCCGCCUCCGCCUCCUCCACCCGUAAUAUCCAUAUCUCCAGGUGAGCCCCUGCCUCCGGGUGUAGACAUGCCGGAGUAUGAAGGUGAUCGACCCCCUCUGCCUGCUGCACCUCCACCACCGCCACCUCCCCCGCCGCAGAUCAGCGAACCAGCUGAUCAAACAUAUGCGACGUAUGAUGUACCUGCACAAUAUGACAUCCACCAGAUGCAAGGGGUAUCACAAGAUUACAACAACACAGCGUACACAGGCACCUACUCAGCUCCUACAGGGGAUUAUGUGAUUGCCCGUCCCCCCGCCAGCACUGUACCUACGCCAUCUACUAUCAGUCUGGCUACUGAGUUGGACUCGUUCUACAACGAGGUGGCUGCAUUAGAGCCUCCGCUGCCCCCGCGGGAACCUAGUCCUUCCCCCCCGCCACCACCUGCACCUGCCUCACCCGCGCCUCCGCCUGUAGAGGUGACUAGCAAGAAGAAGAAAAAGACGAAGCUAGCACCUGGCCUUACCUUGAAGAAAAAAGGUGUUUCCUCUCUAGUGGCUAAAUGGCAACAAGUCCAACAAGACGUUAGAAGAGAAACGGAAAAAGAAGAAACUGAAUCAUAAAUAGCAUUGUAAUUACCAUUGUAUAUAGUGUACAAAACGGAUGCUUGUUGUAAUGACUGACCUAUUUUAAGUUUUAAUAAAUAAAAUAUUUAUUUUGUAAAUGAUGUGAUUGCUCUUGUACAUAAAAAUAAAGACUGUUCGUAAAAUAAAUUGCUAUUUGUAAAUGU